AUUUUAACUGGAUUUAUGAGCAAGGUGUUCAAAAUGAUACAUCAUCAGCCCACGAAGUAUCAUCAUGCAAAUCCACUAACACACUUCCUGAAUCUUCACACGUCACACGCAACAGCGGCAGCUGCGGCAGCUCUGGCACUAGCCACCGAUGGUCUAGGCCACAGCCAUGGACACCAUCUGCAUCAGCAAACAGCAGCGCCGGGAGUGGUCGGCCAACAGCAACAUUUGCACUCUUCUGUCCCACAUCCCUCGGCAGGGCACCAAUCGUUUCCGGCCCUCAAUCAUCAUCAACCAGUAGAAGGACCUCCGAACACACUCAGCAGACCCGGACAUCGUCCUCGAUCAUCGCAAAGUUCGCGAACGGAAGAGGAGCCCGAACAGGACGAGAGUAGCAAUGAGAAGAGCUUUCUUGGGGAGUUAGGCGGACAGGAGCUUAAGCACGAAGCGUUCGAUUCAACGGCCGACAUGUGUCAAGCGGAAGGUGGCAGUGAAUCGGAAAACAAUAUCGACAUCGAUGUUGACGAUCCUGAUCCACAGGGUCCAGGGCAGCCUGAGAGACGUACGCCUCACUGUGCUGGAAGUGAACGCGAAACGAUGGACGGUACGAACGGCAAAGAUUGCGCAGCUUCCGAGCGGGAAUUAAGCAUGGCCAAGACGACACCGUCCGCUAGCGAACAGGAGGAUAAUGAAGAGGAGGAAAUCGUUAUCGAUGGUAAGAGUGCGCACAAACAAUCCCAGGAAGGAAGCGAUCGAGCUGCCCACAGAACGUGUGCAAGCCCCUGCAACGAAUCUACCACGGCCGUGCUCGACACGGACAGUUUCGUGGGGAAGUCGUUUACGAUAGCGGCCAUCUUGGGAUUGCGAAAGAAACAGGACGAGGCAGCAGCGGCAGCCGCUGCAGCAGUUGCCAACGAGUACAACGAAGGUGUAAUGAAUCUUUCCACCGGAGCUGGCUUUCAGCAGCAACAGCGUGUUGCCGCGGCGGCCGUAGCAGCCGCAGCGAUGGGACGCUUACCACUCGUAAUGGCGGCCGCAGCUGCCGGUAUGGAGAAACGGGAUCGGGCGGAUAGUGUGGACAGCGUGGAAACCUGUGGUGGACCACUAGGAUACGGUGGCCAACAACCGACAGGAACUGGCCCAUUAACUGCGCUGCAAAACCUUCAUCAACUACCCGGUUUGCAUGGUGGAAGCUUUUCCGGGUUCCAUCCAACCGGUGGUAGUGCAGCUAGUGGACAACCGGGAGUGCAUCAACAACCGCACCUGCAGGGCCACCAUCCGCAUCAACACCACCACCAUCAACAUCAUCCGCUACAUCAUCCGGUCAAUCCACACUUUGCUGCCCACCAUUUUCACCAUCAUCAGGGUCAACAGCAGGUAGGACAACAUCAGCAACAGCCAUCACAGCAGCAGCAACAGCAGCAUCAACAUCUCGCACAACAUUCGGUAGCACAUCAGCAACAGCAUUCGGCCGGACAUCAUAUGGCGCUGGGACCACAUCAUCAUGGGCAGAAUCAUAAUAGGGAAAAGUUUAAAGAAAUGGGUAAAAAGACAGCAAUGUCCUCAUCGGCCGCAUCGCUUAAAAGUAAGCGGGUGCGUACGAUAUUUACGCCCGAGCAGCUCGAACGUCUUGAGGCCGAAUUCGAACGUCAGCAGUACAUGGUUGGACCGGAACGACUAUACCUAGCACACACGCUCCAACUAACGGAAGCUCAGGUUAAAGUAUGGUUCCAGAACCGACGGAUUAAAUGGCGCAAACACCAUCUAGAAAUAACGCAGCAGCGGCUAGCAUUAAUUCGACAGCGACAGAUAGCUAGCGGAGUCCCGAUACCGACCGGCGAUGCACAGUCCCAUCAUGCGCAACAGCAGCAACAGCUGCAACAGAACGGUGGAAUGAGCGGUGGUCGCAUACUGAAUACGAUGGAAUCUCCCGAGCUUACGAUAUGCACCGACUCGAUGGAUGCACGCAGUAUCAGCGAUGGGGACGAUUAGGAGAGCGAUAGCAGCCGAUGUACGCAAAAACGGCACCGGAAACGUCAACCGAAGCUGGAUGCGUCCGAGAUUGGGCUGAGGGAAAUGUCGGCCAACCGUAGCCGCUCGAUGCUAUCGGUUAACCUCGAGGCGGCCGCAAUGGCCAACGAUCCGCUGCGGGAGCUGUUCGAGGCGUGCAAGACCGGUGAUCUGGCAAAGGUAAAGAAGCUGAUCACGCCCCAGACAGUAAAUGCACGCGAUACGGCCGGAAGGAAGUCUACCCCGUUGCACUUUGCUGCCGGUUACGGACGGCGCGACGUGUUCGAGUUUUUGCUUGCCAAUGGCGCCUCCAUACAAGCGCGAGAUGAUGGUGGACUGCAUCCGCUGCACAAUGCCUGUUCGUUUGGGCAUGCGGACGUGGUGCGCCUGCUGCUGGAAGCCGGUGCCAACCCAAACACGCGCGACAACUGGAACUAUACACCACUGCACGAAGCAGCCAGCAAGGGCAAAAUCGACGUUUGCAUCGCUCUGCUGCAGCACGGUGCCGAUCCAAGCAUCCGCAACUCCGAAAACAAGAUCCCGCUCGAUCUCGCCGACCCGUGCACCCGGCCCGUCCUAACGGGCGAGUACCGGAAGGAUGAGCUGCUGGAAGCUGCCCGGUCAGGGUCGGAGGAACGUUUGCUGGAGCUGCUGACGCCACUGAACGUAAACUGCCACGCGAGCGAUGGUCGCAAAUCGACUCCGCUCCACCUGGCGGCUGGCUACAAUCGGAUCCGGGUGGUACAGAUCCUGCUGCAGCACGGGGCGGAUGUGCACGCGAAGGAUAAGGGUGGGCUGGUGCCGCUCCACAAUGCCUGUUCCUAUGGCCACUUCGAGGUGACCGAACUGUUGAUCAAGCACGGUGGCAACGUGAAUGCGAGCGACCUGUGGGCAUUUACGCCGCUGCACGAGGCGGCCUCGAAAAGCCGGGUCGAGGUGUGCAGCCUGCUGCUGAGCGAGGGUGCCGUCCCGACGCUGCUCAACUGCCAUAACAAGUCGGCGAUCGAUUCGGCCCCGACGCGAGAACUGCAGGAGAAAAUUGCCUAUGAGUACAAGGGACACUGCGUGCUCGAUGCAUGCCGGCAGGCGGACAUUCAGCGGCUGAAGAAAAAUCUGAUCACCGAGACGGUUAACUUUGUGCAUCCCUAUACAGGCGAUACGCCCGUGCACGCCGUCGCCCAGUCCGUGUAUCCGAAGCGCAAGCAGGUGCUGGAGGUGCUGAUACGCAAGGGCGCCCUGCUGAACGAGAAGAAUAAAGACUUCCUGACGCCGCUACACAUUGCGGCGGACAACUCGCACUACGAGCUGAUGGAUGUGCUGCUCCGCCACGGUGCCAAGGUUGAUGCGCUCGAUGGGCUGGGCCAGACCGCGCUGCAUCGGUGUGCCCGCGAGGACAACAUCCAAGCCUGCCGGUUACUGCUUUCGUACGGCAUCGAUACCGGCAUCGUAUCGCUGCAGGGCUACACGGCCGCCCAGCUCGCAACGGAGAACGUGCUGAAGAUCCUGCAGGAUCCGCCCUCGGACACGGUGGAUCUCGAGUGCCAGCUGCUGGAGGCGGCCAAGGCAGGUGAUCUCGAUACGGUGCGGCGCAUCGUACUGUCCUCACCGAUGACUGUGAACUGUCGCGAUUUGGACGGGCGUCACUCAACGCCGCUCCACUUUGCGGCCGGCUUUAACCGGGUGCCGGUGGUUGAGUUCCUGCUCGAGCACGGUGCCGAAGUGCACGCAUCGGACAAGGGUGGUUUGGUGCCGCUGCACAACGCGUGCUCGUACGGCCAUUACGAGGUAACGGAGCUGCUGGUGAAGCACGGCGCCAACGUGAAUGUGGCCGAUUUGUGGAAGUUCACACCGCUGCACGAAGCGGCUGCCAAGGGAAAGUACGAAAUUGUCAAGCUACUGAUCAAGCACGGAGCUGACGUGACAAAGAAGAACCGUGACGGUGCAACACCACUCGAUCUCGUCCGUGAAGGUGAUCAGGAUGUGGCGGAUUUGCUGCGCGGCAAUGCGGCACUGCUCGACGCGGCCAAGAAGGGCAAUUUGGCCCGCGUUCAACGGCUCGUCUCGCCCGACAACAUCAACUGUAGGGAUGCACAAGGACGCAACUCGACACCGUUACAUCUAGCGGCCGGAUACAACAAUCUUGAGGUUGCGGAAUACCUGCUCGAGCACGGUGCCGAUGUGAAUGCGCAGGAUAAGGGUGGUUUAAUUCCGCUGCACAACGCAUCGUCGUACGGCCAUCUGGAUAUUGCCGCGCUGCUCAUCAAACACAAUACGGUGGUAAAUGCGACGGACAAAUGGGGCUACACGCCACUGCACGAAGCGGCCCAGAAAGGCCGCACGCAACUGUGUUCACUUCUCCUCGCACACGGAGCCGAUCCGUUUAUGAAGAACCAGGAAGGACAAACGAGCCUUGAUCUCGCCACGGCCGAGGACGUCAAAUGUUUGCUGCAGGACGCGAUGGUUGCCUCGCAGGGUACCGUGUCCGGUGGGGCCGGUGGUACGGCAGCUGGAACGUCGCAGGGUGGUAUUCUCGCUGCGAAUGGUACGCUGAUGUCGACUAGCUGCUCGCCAACUACCGAAACCGUCACACUGCCGACGGGUGCCUCUAUGACACUGUCCGUCCCGGUGCCGCAGCUCCCGAUCCGCAGCUGUCUCAGUCCGGCGCAGGGUGCCGAAGCAAACGUGGACGGUAUUGUGGUGGAUCACGAUGACAGGAUGCCAUCCGUUCCGUCGAUCGAGUCGUCCGUUUCGGUGUUCCUUACCAGCCUGCAGCUGGAGCACUUGAUCGAUCUGUUCGAGCGUGAACAGAUUACGAUGGACAUUCUGGCCGAGAUGGGUCACGAAGAUCUGAAGCAGGUCGGCGUUUCGGCGUACGGUUUUCGGCACAAGAUACUCAAGGGCAUUGCGACGCUCCGGGCAACGACAGGGCUAGGACUUACACCGAACCCGGGAACGCUCCUGGUGGACCUUCUUCCCGACGACAAGGAGUUCCUUGCGGUCGAAGAGGAAAUGCAAGCCACCAUACGGGAGCAUCGUGACAACGGCCAUUCCGGUGGCUAUUUCAAUCGUUACAACAUUGUACGGAUACAAAAAGUGCAAAACCGUAAGCUGUGGGAACGGUACGUACACCGGCGGCAGGAGAUAUCGGAGGAGAACGGGCACCAGGCAAGCGAGCGAAUGCUGUUCCACGGUUCACCGUUCAUCAACGCGAUCGUCCAGAAGGGUUUCGACGAACGGCACGCGUACAUUGGCGGCAUGUUCGGGGCCGGUAUUUAUUUUGCGGAGCACAGCUCCAAAUCGAACCAGUACGUGUACGGUAUUGGUGGCGGUAUCGGUUGUCCCACGCACAAAGACAAAUCCUGCUACCAGUGCCAUCGUCAAUUGUUGCUGUGCCGGGUUGCGCUCGGCAAGUCGUUCCUGCAGUUUAGCGCCAUGAAGAUGGCUCACGCACCUCCCGGCCAUCAUUCCGUGAUCGGGCGACCGUCGGCCGGUGGUUUGCAUUUCCCGGAGUACGUCGUUUACCGCGGAGAACAGGCGUAUCCGGAGUAUUUAAUAACGUACCAGAUCGCAAAACCAGACGACGGCACGACCGGCGAGGAGCCGGCAAGAUGAUGGACGAUUUCGGCCGCUAGUA